UCGGGCUCCGGGUCGGCUGAGAAGGAAACGACGCAGAGGACAGACAGGACGCAGAGGACAGACAGGACGCAGAGGACAGACAGGACGCAGAGGACAGACAGGACGCAGAGGGGACGAAAAGGACUUUUCGGGAUCAACAAUGAGGCUCGAGGCCGUUUUUAAACUUCUCGCGUGCGUCGUGCUUCUCCUCCCUCCUGACGUCACGCGCGCUCAAACAGAGCCCCCCGCCGAGUGCGCGCCUGGCGGCCACGCCGUCCUCCGGGACCCCUACCGCAGCGCCACCUUCAGCUCCAGCCGGCUGCAGCAGUCGGCCCUGCAGGACCUCAUCUGCGACCACUCCCUCGCCGCGGGCUGGUACCGGUUCCAGAUCUUUGACAAGCCGGCCAGCAUGCCCACCCGCUGCGUGGAGGUGAACCACUGCGGGACUCAGGCCCCCGUGUGGCUGUCCCUGGGGGACGGCGAGUCUCUGCCGGGGCCCCUGGAGGCGAGGCAGCUGACGGCCUGCGCCGCCUGGCAGCUCUUCGCCGGCCUCGGCGGGGAAUGCUGCAUGUUCCGCAUCCCGGUCACCGUGCGCAACUGUGGGGGCUUCUACGUGUACCUGCUGCAGCCCACGCCGGGAUGCAUGGGAUACUGCGCUCAGGAGACGGCGGACGCGUCGCCCGCGGCGUUGGCGGGCUGCGGCCCCGAUGGGACGUGUACAGAGCGGCCUCCUCCUCCUCCUCCUCCUCCUCCUCCUCCUCCGUCUGCGCCGGUGAUUGUCCCGGAGGUGACGGGAGACUCGGUCCACCUGAAGUGCGUCUUCGGCAGCAGCUCCAACGGCUCCCUGGGUUACGUGGUGGGCUGGUCCCGCCUCUCCCUGGAGGGCAGGAAGGAGGAGCUCAGACAGGAGACCACCAUCAGGACCUCCGCCUACAUCGAACUGGACGGCUUCAACCUCCGCCUGGGGGACAAGAUCUACUGUUCCUGCACCAGUUUCCUUCUGGACUCGCCCACCGUCCGCGGGGCUUCGGUGCAAAGUCAGGAGUUCUUUGCUGGGAUUCUGCUGAGGCCCGAGGAGAGCAGUGUGUCCGAGGACGGGAGGCUGUACGAGCUGUCGGUUGAGAGCACGGUGCCCGUCCCGUGUCCGCAGGGGGCGUCCUCCUCCACGGAGGGCUGCGCUCUGUCCCUGCAGCUCAGCACCAGCAGCGCAGACGAGGGCUCGCUGGGCGCCGAUGUGUCUCUGUCCUCCUGCGCGGUGGAGCUGUCCCGGGGCCCCUGCGGGGACGGCGUCUGCAGCCGGGCUCUGAUCCACUUCGGCGCCGUCACCGACUUCGUCAGAGAUGGCAACAGGACGACGCGGAUCUCCGUCCAACCCGUCGUCACCCAGAACGCCCUCUGGAACGGAUACUCCCCGGAACCAGUUGAGAUAACGGUGAAGGAUGUCCCCUCCGCCUACUGCUACUACUUCACCGAUCCUCACGUCAUCACAUUUGAUGGCAGGCACUACGACAACUACCAGGUAGGCACCUUUGUCCUCUACGAGAGCACCGCCAGGCCGUUCCAGGUGCACGUCCGUCAGCGGGGGUGCGUCAGCGGCGGCGGCGGCUCGUGCGCGUGCGGCUUCGCGGCGAGGGACGGCGGCGACGUCCUCGCUUUCGACAUGUGCGAGGCGGGCGAGACGCGGCCUCGCCUGUCCGUGAGGCGCAGGGGCCCGAGCAAGAGCGGCAUCCGCAUCGCCGAGUCCUACCAGGGACGCAAAGUCACGGUGACCUUCUCGUCGGGGGCGUUCGUCCGCGCCGACGUGUCGGACUGGGGGAUGAGCCUGACGCUCAGGGCCCCCGGUUCGGACCGGGGCCGCACCGAGGGCCUGUGCGGGACCUUCGACGGGCGGUUGGACAACGAGCUCCACUCAGCAGGGGGCGCCACGGUGGAGCACCUGCACGCUUUCAUUUCUGCAUGGAGGCUCCCCCCGGGCGGCAGCCUGUUUGACACCGCGCCGUCCCACCUGAGCGGGCUGAGCCCCCGCCAGCACUGCGACUGUCGGGCCGGGCCCCGCCUCUCCUCCCCCAGAGGCCGCUCGUCUCAAGGGGUCUCCUCCGACUCCACCUGCUCGCCUCACGGCAACGUGCGCCUCCCCGGUGCCAUCCCCGCCCUGGACGUCACGGCGGAGUACAUCGGCUCGGUGGAGCUGAUGGAGGGCGAAGGACAAACGCCGGACGGGGGCGGGGGCGCCGGAGCCUCGGACUCCACGCACCAGAGCCUCAGCCAGUCCGACCUGGAGGGCUUCACCUACUUCUUCCCUGAGGACCACGAGGCAGCGGCUCCCCCCGACGCCUCCCCCAAGUGGCCCACGCCCUCCGGCCUGACGGAGCGGCGGGCCGCGGCCCAGUGCCGGCGGGCCGUGGCGGGCUCCGGCGUGGCGUCGGGCUGCCGGCGCCUCCUGGGCCGCUCCGUCGUCUCCCGCGCCGAGGCCAUGUGCGUCGCUGACCUGCGGCUGAAGGACGAGCCGUCGUGGCUGAGCGCCGCCGUGCCGCUGCUGGAAAACGAGUGCGAGAGGAGGCUGGCGGAGGAGAGCGGCGCAGGGAAGGAGGACCGGGAGGUUCUGGCCGCCCUCAGGUGCCCCGACCUGUGCAACGGCAACGGCCGGUGCUCGGAGUGGGGCUGCGUCUGCUUCCCGGGGUUCGGGUCUUACGACUGCAGCGCGCUUUCCGACCAGAUCCCAGAGAUCGCCGCGCUGGAGAAGGAGGGUCUGUGCGACGUGCGGCGGGGAGACUGCUCCCCCCUCCGGCUCCACGGCCAAGGCUUCAAGGACUCCUACGAGCUCAGGUGUGAGUUUGUCAAAGAAAAGUUCGAGGACGGGGCCUGGCUUCUGGACAAGCCGCGGUUCGUCCCGGCCGUCUUCCUGGACGUAACGGCUCUGGAGUGCCAGCUCCCCCCGGACGACAGCUGGACUCCUGCUGGCCGGCAGACGGAGCCGGAGACGGAGCGACCGCUGGCUCGCUGGCAGAUCAAAGUUUCCAAUGACGGCUACAGCUUCAGCAACGCCAAGAUACUGACGCUCUACGACGGCGCCUGCCAGAUCUGCAGCCUCCACACUGCAGUCCUCUGCACCCUGAGGGAGAGAACCUGCAGCAUUGACGGCGUGUGCUACGGCGAGGGCGAGUCCAACCCCAGCAGCACCUGCCUCGCGUGUGUCCCGGACUCGUCCAAACGCGCGUGGUCCAUAGCGGAGAAGAACAAGCCUCCGGAGCUCCAGCCGCUUCACCUGCGGUCCUUCCAGGGAGAGACUUUGCUCUACCAGCUACAGGCCCGGGACCCCGAGGGCUCAGCGGUGCUCUUCGCCCUGGAGUCGGGUCCCGAGGGCGCGUCCCUGUCUCCGGCCGGCCUGUUGACGUGGAAGGCCUCAGCCGGAGCCUCAGCCGGAGCUACGGACGCUCCCACCUUCCGCGUUACGGUGGUGGACAGCUGUGGAGCUGAAACCAGAGCCUCCAUACAGGUGUCAGUGCGCCCGUGUGAGUGCCUGAACGGCGGCUCCUGCGUGACCAACGCCGACUCCCCCCCCGGCGGCGCGGAGCACCCGUGCUCGUGUCCGGACGGAUUCGCUGGGGAGCGGUGCGAGGUGGACGUCGACGACUGCAAGCCCAACCCCUGCCGGCUGGGCCGCUGCAUCGACGGCCCCGGCUCCUUCUCCUGCGUCUGCCCCACCGGGACGACAGGUCGCACAUGUAGGGAAGACGUGGACGAGUGCGUCUCUCGGCCCUGUUUCCCCGGGGUGGGAUGUAACAACACGUUUGGCUCCUUCACCUGUGGGGGCUGCCCACAAGGAUACAGAGGGGACGGGAGGACGUGCACACUCCAGGCGAUGACCUCCGGCGCUGGGGUACCGCAGGCCCCCCCCAGGCCCAGAGCCUGGGGCCCGUCGGCGUGCUCCAGUCGGCCGUGUCACCCGGGGGUCCGCUGCUUUGAGAGCACCCACGUCUCGGCGGGCUUCGUCUGUGGGCCCUGCCCCACCGGUCUCCAUGGAAACGGGCGAACGUGCACAGCGACAGGUCAGGGGACAGGGGACGGUCCUAUUUUCAUCACCAAAUCAAGUUCCGGGAAGGAAUCGACUGCCACCUCCUCUUCCUCCUCUUCAUCGUCUCCCAGGCGCCCCGCUGAGAGGCGCACCAGACCGGAGGCCCCCCUCCCCAGUGUGGGGAGAGUUUCCUCCGCUGACGUCCCAGCGGGGGCGGAGCUGCGCCCCGACCUGACCCCCGCGGGGGGCAAACGGGGCCGCUGCCCGUACGGCUACACCGGGGACGGGGUCGCGUGUAAAGCCGUGUGCCGACCCGACUGCCAGAACCAGGGGAAGUGCGUGCAACCCGGCGUGUGCGAGUGUGCCGCGGGCCACGGCGGGCCCACCUGUGAGGAAGCGAGCUGCGAGCCGCCCUGUCGGCACGGAGGCACCUGUCUGGCCAGGAACCUGUGCACCUGUCCCUACGGCUACGUGGGACCCAGAUGUGAAAUCAUGGUGUGCAACCGGCACUGUGAGAACGGAGGCGAGUGCGUUUCUCCGGACGUCUGCGAGUGCCGACGCGGCUGGUACGGACCGACGUGCAACUCAGCCCUCUGCGACCCCGUCUGUCUGAAUGGAGGAGCGUGCACGAAGCCCAACAUCUGCGCCUGUCCCGGCGGAUUCUACGGCUCUCAGUGUCAGAUCGCUGUAUGCAGUCCUCCUUGCAAGAACGGAGGUCAGUGCAUGAGGAACAACGUGUGCUCCUGUCCUGAAGGCUACACGGGGAAAAGGUGUCAGAAGAGUGUGUGUGAGCCAAUGUGCAUGAACCGAGGCAAAUGUGUGGGACCUCACACGUGCUCCUGCGCGUCGGGUUGGAGGGGGAAGAGGUGCAACAUACCCGUGUGUCUGCAAAAGUGUAAAAACGGCGGCGAGUGUUUGGGACCAAACACCUGUCACUGUCCCUCCGGCUGGGGGGGUCUCCAGUGUCAAACCCCGGUGUGCAAGCAGCGGUGCCUGAACGGAGGGAGGUGCGUCCUCCCCGACUACUGCCACUGCCGGAGAGGCUACAACGGCCUCACCUGCGCGCUCAAGGCCUUGCAAGCAUGAUUUGGAAGAAAUGAGAGGACGGGUCGGCUGACGCUACAAAAUGCACAAAGCAGGAAGAGAGCAUUGUGAGUUGGUGUGUGCGUGUUGGUUGGUUGAUGUGUGUGUCUCUGUGAACAUCUGAAGGCUAACAGAGGGACUUGAUGUAUUGCACUUGUCUGUCCCGGUAUAUCACUACCUCAAGGCUCACAGUAACACACAUCUGGUGAAUGCAUCAGAGACUUCUGACACAGUGUUACUGCACACUAUUAUGUCAAAUGAGCAAAAUGACAUCUGUUUCAGUGGUGAUUUAUUUGAGAGCUGCAGGUUAUUUAUUACCAGCAGGCUUUUAGUUUGAGUUUUUUCACGAUUAAGCCAAAUUAUAACCUUAUAGACAGAACCGAUGCAUACUGUUAAUUGUUCACUUGUGAGAAAAUAAAUGCAAGGAUGCUAUAUAAAUAAACAACUUUCCUCAGAUUAAAUACAAUGUCAUAUGUUAACAAAAUUGUAAUUUUUGUUUUUCGCUUUUAUUAAUAUAUUUUUUGAUUGGUUACAGUAAUGACCCCCUGUUUGAAUUACAUCUAGGGUUUUGAUUUAUAUAUAUUUUUUAAACUCUGACAACUUCAGAUGACACUGUUGUACAAGUUACAUUUUACAGAAUAAAGUCCUUUUAAAAUGUC